CAAAUGCGGAUCUACGUCCGAUUCAUGUGCGUAUGGAGAAUUGCGGACCCAGAAUUCAGUUUUUAAUUCACAUCGCUUUCGAAAUCUUAAUAAGGCAGUUCUUUUCGAAGCUGCAACUAUUAAAUUCCUUCCUGAUUCUGCUGUCCACUUGUUUAAACCUUUAGCGCCUGCCAACAUCACUAUUAGGCUAUCAGCUAUUGCUGCGAUGCUGGCGCAGGCUAAUUAUUGACGAUCUACGAACCAACCACUUCCCAACGACACACCAGCGCUAUGAGACAUGUUUAAAGUUUAAAUGAUGGCCAGUUUGAUCAGCAAUCUACCCCGAGUCGGCGCACCCUGGAGCGCGGUCCGGGCAAUCCUGAACACGAGACCGCGUAGUUUCGCUUGCUGUCCCGUUGUGUGUAAAUGGAAGGGGUCUGUCCGCGAGCAUGAAGACAAGGGCUGGUAUCUUCGUGGGAAACUCGAACAGCUGAGUCAUCACUUUUUGUAUAAGGACAACAUCAUCAAUCGAGCGAAAAAUGAAUUUGAAAAGACAAUUGAGCCCUUUAAGGCAUCUUUCUCCACUAUUAUCCCGAAGGACAAUCUAGAAGGCAUCGAUGCCAUUGAAGCGCUGGUCUGGUCUGAGGCUUAUCUUUCCACCCAAAAUUAUUUCUACGCCUGGAUGUAUCGCCUCGAUUUGAUGGAUCUCAUUUAUGGACGGCCGUUCCGCUCAACUGCGCUGGUCAAACAGGAGGACGAUGAUGCCAAAAGAGAAGAAGAAGAUAAUUAUAACGUGGAUGGAAGCCUGGAUCAGUUGUGCGAAUACGAACUGCGCCUUACAGAGCGCUGGAUUCUUGAGACAGACACGAUGGAAUUCGGGCUUUCUCUGCGUAAGGAACGCAAAGUUACUCCUCAUGGGUGGUUUCCCUGGUAUCAUCGGCGAUGGAUGCUAGCCCGUAUGAAAAACCCGGAUUGGAUGCGAGAGGUGCAGCUCUGGCAACAAAUGCUACAGGAAAGUGAGCGCGACGAGAAUCUGUACGACUCCGUUUGCCAGCAUCGGGCUUACGUUGCAAUCCAUGGCGAUGUCGCUCUGGCGGAGGACUUUAUAGCGCAGACUACCGCGGAAAUCUUGCGCAAUGACGCUACGUACACGGGGUGGGCCUACCGCGCCGCUGUACUGCCCAGACUGUAUCCUGGGCAACUCCCGGAUGCGGUAGUGGACCGGGAGUACAAACUGCUGCGCAGACGCUUAGUGGUCCAUCCAGCCAAUGAGCAGGCCUGGAAGCACUGCAAAGGCAUGGUCGAAAUCCUGCAUAACGAAGGUCGUACCGAAGCAGUGGAAAAGUUCUUGGGACUAAUAUAUAUUGUGCAAGAGAGCAUAGGCGAGAAAGGUUACAACGACUAUCCUGAUUACUACGAACCUGACGUCGAUAACAAACAGGACGAUAUAUGGAAGUUGUUUGCGGUGCGGCUGCUUUUACCGACUGCUUCGUGGCGUUUAUUGACACAGGAGGAUCAGGAGUUCAUCGGGGAUGUCGGACGAAGUAUAAUUUCAAAUGCAACUUGGGAGCGUAAACGGCGGCUGAAAGAGAAGAAGCCUUAUUGACUUCUCAUUUUUGCUGCACUAACUAAGCAUUCUUUUAUACAUUUUUAGCGGUUAUUACGAAAGUAUUUCUUACGUAGCAGAUAAACAUGGUUAUUGCUAUCUACAGUGACUUCCUCAAGGUGGUGUAAUUUACACCUACAGCCGAU